AGUGAACAUGUAAACGUGAGGAGUUUCAGAAAGACGACCGUAAGACGAAGAGGGGUUUUUUUUUUGUGGAAAGUAUUGAACGCUGGAAUAGGAUGACAACAACACAAUAGUGUUGGUUAUCUGCAAGUGUUCCAGUUCCCACACCUCCCUAAAACAAAGAUGGGGAUACAGGGACAGCCUGAGGGUGCAAGGAGGCGUCUGGACUGGAGUACAGCUGGAGACCUCAGGAGUGCAGAGAUCAUCCGCGGCCGGGCGGGAUAUGGCUUUACUAUUUCAGGACAGAGGCCUUGUCUGCUGAGUGGCAUCAUGGAGGGGAGCCCCGCUCACAUGGUGGGGCUCAAACAAGGAGAUCGCAUCAUGGCCAUCAACGCAACUGAUGUGUCCACUGCAUCACAUGAGACCGUGGUGGAGCUGAUUGGCAGCUGCAAAGGACCCUUGCGCUUGGUGGUGCACACAGAAGGUCGAUUGAUGGGAAAUCCCAUCCUUAAUGAUGCAAAAUUUGGAUUUGCUCCGAAAGGUGGUGUUUUCCAAAAGGCGGGUGUUCUUCGCACCAUUUCAGAUGAUGCGAGCAAUUCCUCCUUUAAUCCCAACCAUGCUGUCGCUAUUAAACAGCGGCCGGUUUCGGAGCCUGAUAUGUCGCAAUGGUCACAACAGUGGAGUGUUUUAGCUGGGCGAUCAAAGGAAGAAAUGACCACAGGGAAAGAUACAGACUCUGUUUAUACAGACACUGAUGAAGUUAACCCAGACUGGCCUAAUUUAAACAUGACUUUGGUGGUGGGCUACUUGAGCUCCACUGAGCUGAUUUUAAACACUAGAGAUCCAGAGGAAGACUGUUUAAAAGCCAUUCGGGAGAGAAUUCGACAACUGGGGUUGGAGCAGGAUACCCAUACUUUGGUAAUGAUGAAGAUCAUGUUUGAUUGCAUUCGUCUCUGCGAUGACACUGGAGCGGUUUUGGCUGCCUUCCCUGCCGAGAACCUCGUUUUAGGAGCUCUGUGUGCUGAAGAUCCACGUUUCUUUUGCCUGGUCACCACUGCUCAUGUCAUCAAUGGGCGCGUGCCAGAGGAUGGCCCUCUGCGCGCCUCCUGCCAUGUAUUUUUUAUUGACCCGGAGCUGGGAAACCACGAUGACCACAUAGGGAUUGCCGGCCGCUUUGGUUUUGAUUGCACUCCAGAUCCCGAUGCCUUGGGCUGCCUGGAGUUUCCUCAUACUCCUCAAGAUGUCCUACACUUUGUAACAGUCCUUUACAGCGACAUGGGAGAGGUGGUGGAAAGGCUGAGAGUCAAACUGGACACAGAGGCUCAGCAGCAUCUCAAGGAGAAUAACCGUGCUGGCAAACAAGGCAGUGCCAGCAGCAACGGGGACAGUGGUAUUGGAAAUGCUUCUCCUCCCGCUGAGAGAACAGACAGGGAUUUCCCUUCUGAAAUCCGAAACCAUCCUGGGGCCCACCUCCCCAGCUGUCCAUGGGAUUAUCCUCCGACCGGAGACUUCACCCCAAUAAAUCUCUCCAAAAAUGACCAAAUACUUAAUCUGGAGAAGAGGGCCAGCACACAUUCCCUUUCGGAGUCACUACCUGGCCCAGAUUCUCUGAUGAGCUUUUAUGGAGGUCCUCCACCCAGGCUGGAGUUCCAGUUUAAGCCCCCACCCCCUCCACUACCUUUGGGGAAGAAGCCAAACUUCUUUGGAGAUCCUCUCAGAGGAAGCCAAAGGUGGUUCUCAAAGCCAAAGUGGCCUAAAGUCCUAAAUAAUGAUUCGCUACCUCAAGAGACACCCACCAUUAACAUUAAUUGUAGCUCCGGUGGAAAUAAAGUGGACCCUCCAAUGAGCCAGAUGCCCUCAGACAAGCUCCAGUCAACAGAUGUUGCGAUGCUGCCUCCCAGAGAGGAGUGGACCAAAAGGUUCCUCGAACACAGGGAAAAACAACGAACAGAUGGCAGCAAUAAAAACGGGUCCAGAUUUUGGGGUCGAGGAGUUGUCCGAGCGUCCAGACGUCGUUCUGCCAAACGUCUCAGCCUCGCUCGAUCAUUAGACGAUCUUGAGUCUGCAGCGUCUUCAGAUGGCGAUUACAGCGGGAUCCAGCUGCAGGGAUGCUGCAGCCAGACCAGCCUGAACAGCAACGGCAGCCUGCAGGGAGCCGGCAGCCUCCGGGGGCUUCCAGAGCAGCGCGUGGCCAGCUGGGCUUCCUGCUUCGAGCGCUUCCUCCAGGACCCCGUGGGUGUGCGCUAUUUCUCGGAAUUUCUCAAGAAAGAAUUCAGUGAGGAGAAUAUCUUGUUCUGGCAGGCCUGUGAAUGCUUCAGUCAUGUCCCUGCAACAGAUAAAAAGCAGCUGUCCCAGAGGGCAGGGGAGAUCUACAACAGCUUCCUGUCCAGCAAGGCCACGAUGCCCGUCAACAUCGACAGCCAGGCCCAGCUGGCCGACGACGUCCUCACGUCCCCGCGGCCCGACAUGUUCAAGACUCAGCAGUUACAGAUUUUCAACCUGAUGAAAUUUGACAGCUAUUCUCGAUUCCUCAAGUCGUCCCUCUACCAGGAGUGUUUGCGCGCCGAGGAGGACGGCCAGCCCCUGCCGGACCCCUACCAGAUCCCCUGCAGUCCUGCACCAUCAAAACACAGCGCCAGCUCCGACCGCUCCACCCUCUCCACUCCAAAAAAGGAAGCCAGAAAGCAGAGAUCAGGGAGGUCCCUGAAUGAAGACAGCAGGGAUGAAAGCGCAGACAAGAAACGCGGCAUCUUCUUUUCAUGGUCCCGAAACAGGAGCUUCGGGAAGGGGCCCAAGAAGAAGGACAUUGGAGACAUUAAUCUCGAGUACUGGGGCAGUAAUGGACGGAGGGAGUCCCAGGGCUCCUUGUCAUCCAGCGCCAGUCUGGAAAUUCCAUCUUUUUCGGCAAGCAAGCUUGAGGCUGAUAACCGGCACUCAGUCGGUGUGUGGGAGCGCUCAUCCAAGCAGUGUAGCGUUCUGCUGCCCGACGGUUCCUGCUCCUCCAUCACCCUCCGUCCCGGUUCGUCCAAGGAAGUCCUCCAUGAUCUGUGUCGCAGCAUCAAUGUCAACAUUGCUGCCGUCGACCUUUUCCUGGUGGGAGGAGAGAAGCCUUUAGUGUUGGACCAAGACUGUAUGACGCUCAAUUCACGAGACUUAAGACUGGAGAAGCGCACUUUGUUUAGACUGGACCUGGUACCUAUUAACGCUCCGUGGGGACUGAAAGCCAAACCUACCAAACCAGUCACUGAGGUCCUGCGUCCUGUGGUGGCCAAAUACGGCCUCCAUCUCAGUGAUCUUGUGGCCAAAAAUAGUAACGGAGAAACGGAGCCUUUGAUCUGGGUGCCCCAUAUCAACCUGGACGGCCUGCGAGUCGUGUUAGAUCCAGACCUCUGCUCAGGGAAAGACAAAUCCAAGUCUUCCUCGCUAAAAGGCCACCCUUCAAGCAGGAGUUUUUCUGCAGCAGGAGAUGAGAGGGCAACACCUGUGAGAGCAAGUGGACCAGACUCAGCAUUCCCAGGAGCAAAGAUAAAGCAGAAAAAGAUUAAUAUAGAUGAAGCGGAAGAAUUCUUUGAGCUGCUAAGCCGGGCUCAGAGCACACGAGCCAACGACCAACGUGGACUCCUGAACAAAGACGACCUGGUGCUUCCCGACUUCCUGCGCCUGACUCCCCCCGCUUCCUCCUGCUCAGCUUCCUCCGCCGCCUCCUCCUCGCUCAAACACGGCAGAGAAAACGGCCUCCCCCAGCGGGGCUCCCUCACCGCCGGCCUCCGCUCAGAGAGCCUGGACUCCUCCCUCAGCUCCAGCGCCAACGGACACUCCAGGCGGUGCCUGCUGCCGCCUCCCCGCCACCCGACCUUCGGCACCCACCUGUCCCCCAUCGCCCGGCCCUCCGACACCCGCCACCCGAGCCUCCGCACGGUGGAGGAAGACGCCCACACCGACCUGACCCUCAUGGGGGAGGGCGACAUCAACAGCCCCAAUAGCACGCUCCUGCCGUCGUCUCCGUCUCCCCUGGCGUCCUUCGACAGCAGCCUCCCCGAGGCCAACUUCACCCCGCCACCGCCCUGCUCCCAGUCUCCAGACACAGGUGGAGAGACAAAGUCCAGUUCAGAGGCAAGAACAGAAACAAACAGCACCAGGGCCAGAUCACCUGCUGCCAGAGCAGAUGCUGUGCAGACGGUUCAGGAGGUGAUGGACGUGGAGGGAGUGCACCUGGAAGAGGGAACGCCGGGAGCGUCCCACUCCCGGGGAGAGGACACGGAGCUCAGCCUGAGUUUCCAGGGCUACGUGGAGGAGCUGCGACAGUGUCAGACCAAAAUGAGGAACGUCCAGAUCCCUCAGAACGGAACCCGCAACCCAGCAGAGAACCAGGACUGCCAGGCGGACCUGUAUAAAGCUACGAUCGUCUGAGAGAAAAUAACUACUGCACUUUUUGAGCCUGGAUCACUGAUGUCUGGAAGUGAAUUAGUCAAUCGAUGUGCUGCAUGCACAAGCUGUCAAAAAACAAAACACAAACAAACUAAAAAUAAUCUAUAUUAUAUUGAUUUAUAUCGUAUAUUUGUUUGGAAUUUUGGGGCAAUUUCGUUUUGUUUUAGUAAUGGCUGUAAUUUUGAGACAGUGACAUGUUUUGGUUCUUGGUAUUAUUUAACAAUGAAGGGAAAUGCAUCUCUGUUAUUGGUCACAAUCAGUACUGGAGUUGAGGGGGGAUGAGGGGGGAUGGCAUCCCCCCCUGAAAUAAAAACGGUCAAAAUCAUCCCCCCAGUAAAACUGCCAUCCCCCCGUUUCCAUCCCUUAUGUCAUUUCAUCAAUGAAUGUGGUUUUACUGCUAUUUCAACAUUUAGAGUCAUCACCAGAAAAAUAACACCAGAAAAAUAACUUAUUUGACAAUUUUCACCUGUUUCAAGUAAACUUUCACUUGAAAUAAGUAGGAAAAUCUGCCAGGGGGACAAGAUUUAUCUUCUCAUUACAAGCAAAAAAUUCCACUGGCAGAUUUUUCUACUUAUUUUAAGUGAAAAUCUACUUGAAACAGGUGAAAAUAGCUGUUUUUCCAGUGAUGAGUCUUGUUUUAAGUGUAAUGAGAUUUUUUACUAAAAUGAGACUUUUUAACUAGAAAUAAGACAAAUAUUCUUGUUAAUAUUUUGGGUUUUUGCAGUGAUCCAUUUUACUUAUCCUGUGAAGGACAGAGUCAUAUUGAUAAGUUCAGAAAACUGUUUUUUAUUGUUGUGUUUUGAUGUAUUUGAUGUAAGCCCAGUGGAUAUUUAAAGCUUACAGAAGGCUGCAUUUAACUGCUGCUAUGUCAUGCCUGCAGUAUUUCUGCAGGUGUUUUGGUCACUGCUAUUAUUUGUAAUAUUUUAUAUUAUUUGUAAUCAGCACAAAUUAUCUGUCCCCAUAUGAUAAAAUCCACCAUCCCCCCUGAUUUUUUUUUUUUUUUUUUUUUACAACUCGAGUACUGGUCACAAUAAACUAAAAACAACCUUCAGCUCACUUUCAGGUAGAGGUUUCUGAUUGGGUAACAUCACAAAUGGCCCUGCAGUUGGUAAAAAGGCAGCGAUAUGUAUUAAAGAUCAGUGAUCGCUGCCAUCUAAAGGGAUUCACCAUUAAUGAUGAUAUUAAGUAACAGCAACAUAAAGAGACAUCAGAAAGGUUGACGCAACGUCCAUUUGUCUGCACUUUUCCACCCAUUUUCUGCUGACGGUACAUGUGAGAUGCAGAUUGAAGCUCCGUAACAUUAUUGUAAAUGUUGUUGAAAAUAGUGUAUAGUUAAAUUCUGAAUGAGAAGUGACACAGCGUCUAGUUUUCCUACUCGUCCUCCGAUUCUGAAGGCUGUUAGAUGUAGACAAAAGCUUUAAAAAAAGAAGGAAAAUAUAGUAAGUGAAGCUUAAGUUUGAUUAUUUAGUCAAACUGCUCUUGCUCGUGUACUGUAGGAGGUACCGCCACUGUAGCACCACAUUCUGAGCAGGACUCUGUUAGGACCCAACGGGAGGAAAAACACAUUUUUCUUGGAUAUUUGAUUGUUCUUCCUUAUACUGUCUUCCUGUUUUACAGAUGAUACACAACAGUAACUUUAUUGUCUGUAUUUCCUGCUACUGUGGUUUUGAAGGUUGUUCAAUAAUUAAAAAGCUUUGAUGACUACC